UGUCCAGGAUGGAUAUCUCUGCAAGCUGUGCGUCAGACGAUGCUGAUGCAGAGAAACAGUCGGCGAAUAUUGACAGCUCAAAAAGGAACUCUGAGUCUUCGGGCAGGAAAGUAUGUAAUGUGUUACUGGAUCUCAGUGAAGAGGAUUACUGCAGUGAGAACAACAUGAAUUUGUUACAGAUGAGAACAUGCAUGUGCUGCAUUGGCUGGGAAGACGCUGUUGAAGGGUGGGCAAGAUUUCCCUCUUUAUCUGCACUCCCUCAAUCACAAAGAAAGGGAAAAAACAAGCAAGACAUCAUAGAUUCCCAUUGCCUCCUAUGUGCGGACCUCAAACCAUCUGAACUUGAUGCUCGAACCCCUACAACUCCUGCAAAGGAAACUCACAACACACUCUCCUCUCCCACUUCAGAUGAACUCUACUCCUUCAGCUUAUCUCAAAAUAUGUCAGGGCCAUUAAUCAAUAAACUGCUGUCAGGAGAGGAAUCGUAUGCGCAAAAGAAAUCGCCAACAGUUUGCUAUUAUCAACCAGAACCGUGUCAAAUAAAAGAGCAGACAGUGGGUCUCAGCAUUAGAAGCUUCAGUGUGUUGCCGCCUCUUAAGGAGUCCAGGAUCUUUUUAAAAUCAGUGCAGCCCACAGAUUGGCAUCCAGCAGAGGAAGACAAGAUCGUGACUCCCAGAGAUACCAGUGUUGAUGAUAAAAUAAGUGCAGGAAAUGACAUCAAAGCUCUCACAGACUUCACCCCAGGAGAAAAUGGCUACAAAUGUAAAGGAGCUCUCAGCACAAAACACUGUGUGUCCCAGGACAAUACUCAACUGCCUUCUACUUUUAACAUCAAUUUUCAAAAUAAGUACGAAUUUCACUCCAGCACCUUGCCCCAGUUUUCUGCACCCUUGGGACGAAAUUUCAGGCAGGAAGAACUGACGAGGUCUUCAACCAGGAAUAACACCAGCUAUAGAUUGUUUUCUAGCCACAAAACGAGAGAUCUGAAAAGACCUGAAGCUCAUCGACUAAUGCUUAUAGGAACUAGAGUUCACAUGCCUUUGUGAUGAAUAUAAUUUUUUUGUUGCACACGACUAUACGAAGUAGUGCAAUACUGUUUUUAAAUGACAUCAGAAU